AUGCCCGAAGAAUGGUUUAACAACCCUGAUGAAAUUUUAGGGGCUCCUGGGGCAACUGCAACUGAAGGUGCCAAACUAACCAAGGUAAAAACUAAUACUCGCAAGUUAAAAGAUAUCUUUUUAGUAUUAGAUAGCACUAUUCAUAACUUAUUAGCGAUUGGAAAAUUCGCCCAAGCCUUUAAUUUUAAAUUUGUAGACUUAAAAGAAAGAUUUGGAGAAGUAAUUGAAACCAGCUUGCCUAAUGGUUAUAAAAUAGUAAUGUUCGACAAGCGAGUAAUGGUAUUAAAACCGCGAGAAAACAAAAAAGGGCUAGAACACAAAUACGAAACAGAAACUCAAACUAACUGGUUCUUUAUGCCAAUCGACAAAGUUUAUUUUGGAGGACACGGAAAGAUAAUCAGAGCAUAUCUUCAUGCAGACGAAUUAGAUAAUGCCACAUGCACUAUAUGCGGAAAAAGUGAAAAGAUGAUGAACAGAAUUUACUUUGAGGAUGGCCACCAAGAAACUACCUGCGAUGAUUGUCAAGCUGAAUUUGAACAAAUACAACGCCAUUUAAACUAA